AGGAGUGGGGAUGUGUUGUACUGGGGGUCACUGGGGGUCACUGGGAGUCACUGGGAGUCGGGGGCAGAGCAGAACCAGAGGAGGUUUGGGCAGGACAGUGCCAGUGGGCGUGACCCUGGAGGCAAAGGGGCGUGUCUGGGUGAGUGAGAGCAGGAGAGAGUGACAUGAGUGAGACAGAGCGAUGUGAGCUCUACCCGAGUAACAACUGCAGCAUCUACUACUCCUGUUACUCCCUGCUACUCCUGCUACUCCUGCUACUUUCUGCUACUCCCUGCUACUCCCUGCUACUUUCUGCAGGACCAACUACUUGCUACUCCCCGCAGGACUUGCUCAGUGACUGUACAACACACAAAAACAGGACUGGCACUGCAGGAAACUACUCUCUCCCCAGCAGAUUGGAUCCGUCUCCCGGCAGAGCUGGCACAUGGCAGUCUGAGAACAUUGAAAUCACAACAACAAGAGGGCACUUUGUGACAGUCCAGGAGAGGAGCAGGAACAGGCGCAAUCAUGGUGGACACUGAAAUACCAUUUUGGUCCAAUAUGAAUUUCGGGAUGAAUUCCAUGGACAUGUCGGCUCUGGAGGACCAUUGCCAGUCCUAUGACAUUAAGCCCUUUGCUACCGUAGACUUUUCCAGCCUCAAUUCUCACUAUGAUGAUAUUCUGGAUGAAAAGACUUUCCUCUGCAGGAACGACCAGUCGCCCAUUGAUUAUAAAUAUGACCUGAAGCUACAGGAAUGCCAAAGUUCCAUAAAGCUGGAGCCCCCGUCCCCACCUUACUUUUCAGACAAACCACAGUGUAGUAUAGGGUUGGAAGACACCCCAAAUUCCUUCAUAUCCAUUGAAUGCAGAGUUUGUGGGGACAAGGCCUCAGGGUUCCACUACGGUGUCCAUGCGUGUGAGGGUUGCAAGGGGUUCUUUAGAAGAACAAUCCGGUUGAAGUUAAUUUAUGAGAGGUGCGACCUGAAUUGUCGAAUUCACAAAAAGAGCCGAAAUAAAUGUCAGUUCUGCCGGUUCCAGAAGUGCCUGUCGGUGGGCAUGUCCCAUAAUGCCAUCAGGUUCGGUCGGAUGCCGCAGGCAGAGAAGGAGAAAUUAUUGGCUGAAAUCUCCAGCGACAUCGACCAGUUGAACCCCGAGUCGGCCGAUCAGCGAGUCCUGGCCAAACACUUGUACGACUCCUACGUCAAGUCCUUCCCACUGACCAAAGCCAAGGCCCGGGCCAUCCUGAUGGGCAGAGCCACCGACAAAUCACCCGUGGUUAUACACGACAUGAACUCGCUGAUGAUGGGGGAGGAUCAGAUCAAGGGGCAGUGCGUGACCCCCGAGCAGAACAAGGAGGUGGCGAUUCGAAUCUUCCAGCGCUGUCAGUCGCGCUCCGCGGAGGCGGUUCGGGAAAUCACGGAAUUUGCCAAGAACAUCCCGGGAUUCGUCAGCCUCGACCUGAACGACCAAGUGACGCUGCUGAAAUACGGGGUGCACGAGAUCAUAUUCACUAUGCUGGCCUCGCUCAUGAACAAAGACGGGGUGCUCAUCGCCGAUGGCCAAGGCUUCAUGACCCGCGAGUUUCUCAAGAGUCUGCGCAAACCCUUCUCCGACUUCAUGGAGCCCAAAUUCGAAUUCGCCAUUCGCUUCAACUCCCUCGAACUCGACGACAGCGACUUGGCCAUAUUUGCAGCGGUCAUUAUACUGAGCGGAGACCGGCCGGGGCUGCUGAACGUGAAACCCAUAGAAGACAUUCAGGACAGUCUGUUACAGGCGCUGGAGCUGCAGCUGAAGCUCAAUCAUCCAGACUCCGCCCAGCUCUUUGCUAAACUGCUGCAGAAGAUGACGGACCUGCGGCAGGUGGUGACUGAGCACGUGCAGUUACUGCAGCUCAUUAAGAAGACGGAGGCCGACAUGUGCCUGCACCCCCUCUUACAGGAGAUCUACAAAGACUUGUACUGAGCCCCCCAUUAUCCACAGACACACUCACCCCCAUUUGCACUAUUUCUACGUGGGACCCACACCCCAAGCCCCUCACCGGCAGCUCAGGAUUCUGACUCUCGCACAUUGGAUCCGCCUCCCGGGGGCAACAACAUCCAAACGUUCUACUUGUUUAUACAAGCGACGUGCAAUUAAAUGUCUCCUUAUUAA